AUGGCUGUAAGUUUUGUCUUCACGCGAUCUAGAAUCAACAGAGCGCAAGCAGUCGCAUGCACGCGGCAGCGCAGCAGACGUUCACGACCCGCUGACACUUGCUCACGCAGCAACCACCAUCACAACCCCGUGCCUACUCGCAAGCAUACCUGCCCAACGGCGCACCCCAACCCAGCGGUCCAGUACCGGGAGCUCGUCCCCUCGAACCCAAUCAGGGUCGCGUGCAACAGGUCGGCCAUGCACGAGUCUUAUGUAUCGCCGACGUGCGAGGUAAGAUGGACAAGAGAAUAGCGCGAUGAGCAAGAGCAAUGCUUACAUGUCAUCGAAAGGCAACUUGCGGCAGUUGAACGACCUCGCGCGCAGCGCCAAAGCCGACUACAUCAUUCACACGGGCGACUUUGGCUUCUACGAUGACUCCUCUCUCGAACGCAUCGCCGAGAAGACGCUGAAGCACGUAGCCCAGUAUUCGCCCCUGCUCCCCGAACACGUCAAGGCCGACAUUGCUCGCGCUGGCCCACAGCAGUCCGUCAAGGAACGCUUCCAGCGCGAACACCUCCCCUUGUCGGAGCUCCCUCAAUUCCUCAACAAGACCUUUCGGCUCGAAGUUCCCGUGUUUACAGUAUGGGGUGCUUGCGAAGACGUCUCGGUCUUGGAGAAGCUGCGGUCACAAGAGUACAAGAUCGAGAACCUCCAUGUAAUCGACGAGUCUCACUCUCGUCUACUUGAUGUCGGUGGUGUCAAGCUUCGCCUGCUCGGUCUCGGAGGUGCGGUCGUCAUGCAUAAGCUCUUUGACAAUGGCGAAGGUCGGACAACCAUUGCAGGUGGCCAAGGCACCAUGUGGACCACCCUCCUGCAAAUGGGCGAACUAAUAGAUACUGCCAAUCGCGUCUAUGACCCAACGGAAACCAGAGUCCUCGUCACGCAUGCCUCUCCGGCUCGUGAGGGCCUCCUCAACCAACUCUCCGUUACGCUGAAGGCCGACUUCUCUAUCUCUGCUGGCCUUCAUUUCCGAUAUGGAAGCUCCUACAAUGAGUUCUCGGUCAACCCAUCCCUUGAUCAUUACCGCGGCAAGCUCUCUGCUUCCAAGGCUUCCUUUCACGACGUGUGGGAGACUGUCAAGCACGAGGUGGAGCCAGCAGUCGCUGAGAAUGAAGCACAACACAAGCUGCUUCAGUUUGCACUUGAGCUGGUGCACAAGAUGCCAUCCCAAGCAACCGGCGGAAACCCUUUCGGCGGCGGACCAGUCAACGGUGCGGUCGACGAAUCCGCGUUCAAAAACAUGUGGAAUUUCAACCUGGCUGACGCGGCUUUCGGAUGGUUGGUAUUGGACAUCGACAAUGGGCGGAUCGGAACAGAGAUGCGGGCGCAAGGUUUCAACUUUUCCCAUCGCUCCGGCAAGAAUCCGCAGCAGAGACCUCAGGGCAUCCCUCAAGCGCCCGCCAACGCCACGAUGGGACCCACUGGAGGCAACCUACCGACUCCUGGCCAGCAGCCGCCGGCAGUGGCACAGCAGCAAACUCGGGGACCUCAAGGUGCACCUUCAGCACAACAGCCAGGCAACCAGCAACGCUCUCAGCAGCCAAUUGGCCAGCAGCAACCUCAGCAAGCGAAGCCCGGACAGCAGCAGCCUUCGCCUGCGAACCAGCCUGGUCCUAAGCCUGCCACACCACAAGCGGCCUUGACCGCCAACGGAACAACUGCUCCUGCGGCCAACCUUCCAACAAAGGAUGCUCCUCAGACCAACGGCUCUGGUGCAGCAGAGUCAGCGAAGCCAGAUACUCCAGUCCACAACAAGCAAGGCAAUCAGCAAUCCCCACAGCAGCAGGAGCCAUCGAAGGGCAUCUUCAUCACUGGCAACAAUCUGACGCUGGCCACCGAAGAUGAGGUCAAGGCCCAACUCUUCUCUGCCGAGGAUGCCGAGAAGAUUCAGAAAGUGGACAAGUCCGGCACGAACAGAUGGGUGGCGCACUUCGCUUCGCCUGAAAUCAUGAGCGAAGUUCUUGCUCAUGGUCCGACCAAAGAAGGCGUCGACAAGUACAAGGUUCGAUUCGCGCCAUUCCGGCAGUUUACAAGCCGAGGCGGACACGGCGCUGGAAACUGGGGCUCUAGCAGAGGGGGCUAUCAAUCCGCAGGCAACCCUGGCAGCGACAGCGAGUCUGGUCGGGGAGGACGAGGCGGCAGAGGACGAGGCAGAGGCGGAUUCCGUGGUCGUGGCCGCGGCGGCAAGGCAGAAGGUGACUCCUAG